AUGACAACGAUGCUUAAACAAAUGCGCCGUAUAGUGUACCUGUUGGUACUUCUCCAAUGCUGUGUGUGCGUGGCAUUUGCGGAAGAAUCUUCGAGCAAUGGAGUUUCGGAAGCAGAACGGUUGCCAAAGGAGUGGGUAAACAAGGCGAGAGAGAUGUUGAAUCUUGCGUACAACGUAACUGCUGGGGGGGAGGGUUGUCUGAAUGUGUGGGAACGCGUUGUAAAAGAGAACGAGGAGACGGUUUCACGUGCACAUGACGGCGUUAAGAAUAUAACUGACCUGGUGAAAGAGAUAAGGGUUAAGAUGAUUUCCGAUUACCCAGAAGAUGGGAGUAGAGAUAAGGAAAUAAUGUUGAAUAUGACGGAGGAGGACUUCAGCGUGGAGGAUGCGAUAGAGUUGUUGAAGAAGAUGGAGAAAGCGCUGGAAGGAAACGAACCUCCCGUUGCGUCGGCAGAGGCGUUGGAGAAAAUGGACCGCGCUACGCACGUCUGUGUAAAUGCGCUUAACUCCAUUGAGGACGCCGAGAGGGGUAUUGAGGGAGUUUUACCGGAAUUCCAUGGUUUUAGAGAGGACGUGGAAAAGAUUACGACAUUGAAGGAUCUUGAAACAGAUUGCAAAGAAGCACUCAAGCGGCUAUCGGAUGUCAAAGAGCAGCUCGAGUUACAGAAAUUAAACGCUACUCACGCUUUGGAAAAGGCCAAAGGACAGGUGAGUGGGUGGGAGAAUGCGAUGACAACCCUCAUCAACCUUGGCAACUUUACCCCAGAGGAAGCCCUCAAGGUAACCAAAAUUGAGCAUCAUGUUGAGUCCAGGCAGCCCGUGUCAGAGAACAUGAAAGUAGAGAUUAGGAAUAGUCUGAGUAACAUCAAAAACAAAAGCGAGGCAGAAAAAGAAAAGAUGUGUGGGAAAGAAAACGUCACCACAACCGAACGAAGGGAAAAAGCCGUUGAGGAGAUAGAUAAGGAGGUGGCUGAGGAAUUUAAGAGUGCGACCGAGCGUAUAGAAAAAGAAAGGAGGUUGGCAGCGGAAGAAAAAGCAAGGAGAGCCGCAGAAGAAAAGGCGAAAAAUGACAAAAAGAAGGAAGAUAACAGUGUCCGUCCUUCUUUGAUGCACAGUCCCUUACUGCUGCUUCUGUUGUGUGUGUUGGGUUGCACUCUCGUUUGCUAA